CUUGCUUACCCUGAUCCACAAACGACAUUGAGCCUAUACAAUGACUUCCCAGGUUCACAAAACUGCCUUCUCUUCUGGCUCCCUCAAGGGUCUGUAUGGGGCAAGUGGGGGUUCUACACGAGUAUCCACGGUGUACUCUAGUAGCUCCUGUAAACUCCCAAGUCUCUCUCAUGGGGCUCGGAGCUUCUCCACCUGCUCUGUUGGUCUAAGCAGACCCAGGUGUAGGACUGCUAGUUGGCUGCCUACUUUCUGCCCUCCCACUAGUGGGUUCUCUUCUAACUAUUCUGGGAUUGGAAGCUGGUUUGGUGAGGGCAUCCUCAAUGGUAAUGAGAAGGAGACCAUGCAGUUUUUGAAUGACCGGCUGGCUAACUACUUGGAGAAAGUGCGCCAGCUGGAGCGGGAGAAUGCAGAUCUGGAAGGCAGGAUCCGGGAAUGGUGUGAACAGCAAGUCCCUUACAUGUGUCCUGAUUACCAGUCCUAUUUUAGGACCAUUGAGGAGCUUCAGAAAAAGACUCUGUGUACCAAGGCAGAAAAUGCCAGGCUGGUGGUGCAGAUUGACAAUGCCAAGCUGGCUGUGGAUGAUUUCAGAACCAAGUAUGAGACAGAGGUAUCCCUGCGCCAGCUGGUGGAGGCUGACAUCAAUGGCCUGCGCAGGAUCCUGGAUGACUUAACUCUAUGCAAGGCUGACUUGGAGGCCCAGGUGGAGUCCCUGAAAGAGGAGCUGCUCUGUCUCAAGAAGAAUCAUGAGGAGGAAGUGAAUGCACUGCGCUGUCAGCUUGGAGACAGGCUCAAUAUAGAGGUUGACUGUGCCCCACCUGUUGACCUGAACCGUGUUCUGGAUGACAUGAGGUGUCAGUAUGAGACACUGGUGGAGAACAACCGGCGUGAUGCUGAGGAUUGGUUCAACACCCAGACAGAGGAGUUGAAUCAACAGGUGGUAUCCAGUUCAGAGCAGCUGCAGAAUUGCCAGUCAGAGAUCAUUGAGCUGAGACGCACAGUCAACUCCUUGGAGAUCGAACUGCAAGCGCAGAACAGCUUGAGGGAUGCUUUGGAGUCAACCUUGGCAGAAACUGAAGGUCGCUAUAGCUCCCAGCUGUCCCAGAUGCAGUGCAUGAUUGGGAGUAUCGAGUCCCAGCUGGCUGACAUCCGCUCUGAUCUGGAACGCCAGAACCAGGAAUAUAAGGUUCUUUUGGAUGUUAAGGCCAGACUGGAAUGUGAAAUUGCUACUUACCGGGGCCUACUGGAGAGUGAAGACUGCAAGCUGCCCUGUAACCCUUGUACUCCUGAUUUCUCUCCAUGCAAACCUUGCCUGCCCUGCCCUCCAGCUGUCUCCUGCAGCCCCAGUGUGCCCCGCUCAGCCUGUGGACCUCGGAUGGUCUGUGUGCCCUGCCCCGGGGGCCGAUUCUGAAAUCAGGCUUCUUGGAGCAGCUUCAGGAUCCCUUAUUUUAGGGUGUCUGUUUGAUGGAAAAUGCUCUAUUAUAAUCCUCCUGUUCUGGGGUAUAACACGAAGUCCUUGGGCUUAACCCCACUCCUGGGAAAAGCAGAAAAAUAAAAAAAAAGCGUUAAAGAUUUACUCCAAAUCAGUCCCUAAGGCUGGGUUUUCUUGAAGGUCCCAACUCCUCAUCAUUUCAAUGUUUCAGUGGGUGUCAUGGUCUUUGUUCUCUGAUAUCUCCUGUAUCAUAUUUUGCUUCUGGAUACUGUUCAAAAUGUAUACUGAAAUACACAGGAGUGCUUUUGUUAGCUGACUAAUAAAGGUGAUUUUGUUCUGACA